UCGUCCGAGCUGACCGUCCGGCGUGUGGAGUGGGAGUGGGAGGCAGCGGCCCGCCGCGUCCCGGAAACCAGUGAGUGACCUGUUGCUGGCACAUCAACAUGGACUUCGAGACAUUGGCAGGAGGUCUAAACUGCACUCCUCCUGCGAUCGACGACUUCCCCCGGGACCUAUUCACCGAGCGGGAGCGGCAGGAUGGCGCCGUCGUUGUGCACAUUUUCGUCUCGCUCUACCUCUUCGUGGCGCUCGCCGUCGUCUGCGAUAAAUUCUUUGUCCCAGCCGUCGAAAAGAUAUGCCACGCGUUAAAUAUGUCCAGUGAUGUCGCUGGCGCGACAUUCAUGGCGGCGGCGACGUCUGCCCCUGAAUUAUUCGUCAAUGUUAUCGGUACUUUCAUCACUGAGGGUGAUAUUGGUGUAGGUACUAUUGUCGGAUCAGCGGUUUUUAAUAUUUUGGCGGUGGCGGCAUGUUGUGGGAUAGGUGCCGGCAUGUGUGGUGUGAAUGUAGUGCCUUUGGAUUGGUGGCCGUUGACGCGUGAUUGUCUCGCGUACGGUAUUACCGUCUCGAUUCUGAUUUGCAUCAUCCAUGACGAGCGCGUUGAGUGGUACGAGGCGCUCGUCCUUGUGCUGCUGUACACCGUCUAUAUUUUGAUCAUGUACUUUGACAAAACGAUACAAAAGUACGCGCGUGGGAGUGUGGAGCAGGCGCGUCGCUUCUCGAAGAAACUCGAGGAUAAGCCGGCAGUAGAGGCGUCAGAACUUCAGGCGGACGGCGGCGGCAAGCUGAACGACUGCGUCAUCGAUGAUUCCACGCUGGAGUAUAUUGAUAGUGAGAAAUCUCUGCCGCUGGGCAACUGUCGGAGUGAUCCGCAUGAACCGGAAUUGAUUAUUUCACCUGCGCCGCAUUUGAAUGGAUCUGUUAAACUUCCGGAUGUUACUGUUGAUGAUACAGCGGCAACACAACAGAAUAAUACGUUAAAGGAAAGUAAUAAAGAAGUUGAAGAGGAGAUUAGUUUGUGGAAAUGGCCGUCGGGACGUAGUACAUUUACACAGGUAACAUGGAUACUAACCUGGCCAAUACAUUUGGUCUUCCUCUUUACAAUUCCGGAUUGUGAACGUCCCCGGUUUAAAAAAUGGUUCCCGUUGACCUUCACAAUGUGCAUUGUUUGGAUCGGGUCUUUGAGUUAUGUUGUUGCAUGGAUGAUAACAAUCAUUGGUGAUACUUUGAAGAUUCCGGAUUCUGUGAUGGGGAUCACUUUCCUUGCGGCUGGUACCAGUGUACCGGAAGCUGUCUCCAGUGUAAUUGUAUCCAAACAAGGACAUGGUUCAAUGGGUAUUAGCAACUCAAUUGGCUCCAACACCUUCGAUAUCCUGUUAUGUCUUGGAUUACCCUGGUUCAUAAAAGCGACUUUCAUGCCGACGAUACCAGGCAAACGUUGGGUUGGAAUCAAUUCGGCUGGCAUUGAAUACAGCGCCAUCUCGCUGCUGUCCUCGCUGGCGAUGCUGUACGUCGUCUUCUGGUUGAACAAGUUCCAGCUGGAUAAGAAAGUGGGCCGCAUCUGCCUGUUGAUGUACGGGGUGUUCCUCGUGCUGGCGUCGCUGAUCGAGAUGAACGCCUUCUUCCGCGUCAACCUGCCGACGUGCGGCCGAUGAAUACAGUCACCCAUCACCUCGCUAUCCCAGAGAAGCGCGACACCGAAUCGUCCACACGAACACAGAUAAAAUGAAUUCAAUACCUGCUAUCAUUCCAAUCAUUCUCAUCCACGAGCAGAAACACGUUUAGCGGCCGCCGCCGCCGCGAUCCUUGUACAUAGUAGAUCUAUGCAUAUUAUAAUGUAUUUAAUUCUCAAGCAAGUGUGGUAUGAGUCCUAAUUAUUAACCGAUUUUAAGUAAUUAUCUACGCUAUGUUAUAUUUUUAUGUUUUAAAUUUAUGAUGAAAAUUUUAUGUGACGCGAUGCGAUUGAAGGAUAUAGUAAUAAAUUGUAUGAUUUUAAGAAA